GCUUGAAUAGCAGUGUCAAAUCCCUCAGCACACAGACACACGCUCACUCUCCCUAAAGGAGGGAGCGAAGCACAGACACAGGGAGGGAUUGACUCGCAGGAGAAGAGGAGGCUAUCUCUAGGCUGCUCUCCACAAGCAGCGUCUGGCUUUCACUAAAGGUCUGUGACUGUUUUUUCCUGCGCUUGUUUGCCUAAUUUAUUCCUGCCUGGGCCAACAGAAAGGAGGGCGGAAAGAAAAGAAAAAAAAAAAAAAAAAAAAAAAAAAAAAAAAGGACAGGCUGAAUAGUAAAGAGUGCAACAGUACACCCUGACUCGCUGAAAGGGAAUGCAGAGAGGUCCUGGCCUCUGGUUGUUACUGCUGGAUGGACAAGCACUGACAAAACAAGAGAGCGAACAGAGAGACAACACUGGUGGAGCGUUCAGAGCCCAGGCGCAACUGCGACUAUAAGAGCCGGGAGAUUUCUCAACUCGUCUUUUGUUUUGGAUUUUUGUGUUUUGGGUUAUUUUCUGUGACAUUUGAGCCAUUGGCAGCUGCGGCAGAAGUUCGAGAAACCACAAGAAGACAUUAUUUCCCUACAGGCAACAAAGCAGGAGGACUACUUUGAUGAACUUUUGUUGUCGCAGAAACCACCGAGACAUUAUUUAAAGAGUGAAAAGAGUCUAUUGUCUUGUUCGGCUCUCUCGGCUCACUCUGGAUCCUUGUGGUUAUUUUAAGGGCACGGAAGCCAACAUACUCAAUACCACAUUACUACUGAGGCUGAAGGCAGGAGGACGUUUCAGCGCGGUGGUCAUCUCUCUUCAGAACACCAAAGGAGGGGAAACUUUCAUUGGCUUCUGCUUUUAUGCCUGAAGAUUUCUAGAGGGAAAUAUUAGCGUAUUUGUUCUGUAACAGCCUCAACAAGUCAGAAGUGAGUCUGGACUAGAACUGCCUCAGAUCAGCAGAUAACACCACUGCAAGUCAGGAACUGGUUGGACUAGUUUAUAAAGUUGGAGGAGAGGGCAGGGCAGUUUAACCCUGCCUGAAGGAGAGCACUGUUUUAUCUUCCUCCUACUUGUUCGUUCAGGAGGAAACAGUCCGUUGAGAGACAGAGGUCUAGGUUCUUUUCCCUUGGAGAACAGCUCUGUUUUGCCGCUUGUCACUAUGCUUCAGGAUAGGUGAGGUGUUUUUUUUUUCUUCUUCGUCCAACAGAAAGAAAGUGAGAGGGAGGGAGAAAGAGAGAGGGAGUCAAAGUGUAAUUUAUUGUUUCCUGUGAAAGAGCAGGCUGCACCCUUUUCUCCAGCCUGAACUCUGAACCACUCAAUGUGUGUCUGAAGUUUUCUCAGACCUCGAUAGCCAUUGAUCAGAGGGAGGUCAGGGCAAAAAACACAAGGAACGACGAAGAGGGGAGCGGAGGGAUUAAAGACCAAGGAGAAAACAGCACCGAGAAGGACCUUCAGGUCACUCCAACCAGACAGCGAGAGGAGAAAGGUCAACGCGGGGGGGAGUCCGACACGAUACUUUUAGAUCUUCAUGGACAAAACCUGCUUUGAUUAUCACCCCGGGGUCACUUUUAGUCCGUUUUAAAGUUUAGAGGUUAGUUUAAAGCCCGUGGACAGGGCGGGACUGUGCAUGAUCCACUUAUAGGACUGUGAGGCUCAGAGAAUAUGGCCAUGGUGAGCGGGGGAUGGGGAAACCCCAACGGGGACACUAAUGGACUCGGGGAGAAGGCUUACCUGAGGAGGGAGGACGAGGACGGAUCCCCCCAGGCCGGGAGCAGCGACGUGGACGUGGGGGACGAGGACAAGGCCUGCGUGGUGGACUGUGUGGUGUGCGGGGACAAGUCCAGCGGAAAACACUACGGCGUGUUCACCUGCGAGGGCUGCAAGAGCUUCUUCAAAAGGAGCAUCCGACGAAACCUCAGCUACUCCUGCAGAUCAAAUCGAGAAUGCCAAAUUGACCAGCAUCACCGCAACCAGUGCCAAUACUGUCGCCUGAAGAAAUGUUUCCGUGUUGGAAUGCGUAAAGAAGCAGUUCAGAGAGGUCGCAUCCCUCCAGCUCACUCAGUUAUCAGCCCCAACUCUCUGGGUGGGGGUAUUGGAGGUCCGGGUCCAGGACACGUCGGGGCUGACUACUUCAACGGCCAGCCGGUGUCGGAGCUGAUCUCCCAGCUCCUGCGGGCUGAACCGUACCCCAGCACCCGCUUCGGGGCCCCCUACAGCCAGGCUCAGAUGCAGACGUCUGCAGGGGGGGCCUCGGUCAUGGGCAUCGACAGCAUCUGUGAGCUGGCGGCCCGCCUCCUCUUCAGCACCAUCGAAUGGGCCAGAAACAUCCCAUACUUCCCAGAGCUGCCAGUCUCAGAGCAGGUGGCGCUGUUGAGGCUCAGCUGGAGUGAGCUGUUCAUCCUGAAUGCGGCUCAGUCCGCCCUCCCUCUGCACAUGGCUCCCCUGUUGGCGGCGGCCGGGUUCCACUCGUCGCCCAUGUCCGCCGAGCGCGUGGUGUCCUUCAUGGACCAGGUCCGGGUCUUCCAGGACCAGGUGGACAAGCUGAACCGGCUCCAGGUGGAUUCGGCUGAGUACAGCUGCCUCAAAGCCAUUGCACUCUUUUCUCCAGAUGCUUGUGGUCUGACCGACCCGGCCCACGUGGAGUCCCUGCAGGAGAAAGCCCAGGUGGCGCUGACGGAGUACGAGCGUCUUCAGUACCCGAACCAGCCGCAGCGCUUCGGCCGCCUGCUGCUGCGCCUCCCCGCCCUGCGCGCCGUGCCCGCCAGCCUCAUCUCCCAGCUCUUCUUCAUGCGUCUGGUCGGAAAAACGCCCAUCGAGACGCUGAUCCGAGACAUGCAGCUCUCAGGGAGCUCCAUCAGCUGGCCCUACGCACCGGGACAGUGAACCGGCCCGGAUCCGGACCGAGACGGACCCAGAUCAGAAGAUCAGAGCGAAUGUCAUGAGUGGGACGAGCCGGGGUCUUCCUCUGGGACCCUCAUGUCCGUGUGGAGGUCCGCUUCACUCCCGCUGGUGUUCCAAGUGUCACUGAAGCUGCUGUUAGAAGGCCACAUGGGACUGUUUCUGGGUCUGGGUCCGCUUCUGUCCGUCUGGUCCGUUCAGUCUCAUUCUGGACGAAAACCAACUGGGCUGAGAAGCGCAGACUGUCCGAGGCCCAGUGCCUGUACUACCUCCUCCCACAGCCCCCCUGACUCUGUGACUGAACCAGGAUCUGUGUUUGCUCUCUCUGCUUGGUGUGGUUUUGUUUUAAUCAGGUGAAGCCACAGCGGUGCCACGUCCACAGGCUUCAGACGCUCUUCUCUCACCACAGCUGGGACCCGCUGUGCAGAUCAGACUGCAUGUCAAAGUCUGUCUCCAAAUGUGUAACGGACACAGAUAAUGGAGGGGUGUCAAACAUACGGCUCGUGGGCCAAAUCCGGCCCAUGGGAUGAAUUUGUGAAGUGCAAAAAUUACACUGAAGAUAUUAACGAUCAAGGAUGUCAGUCAUUUUAGUUCAGGU